AUGAGAGUAAGUGGUCCCAGUAAGAGUUUAGAUGAAAAGUUUGUAUCAGUUGUAAUAAUGGGUAGGUACUGUGAUUUUAGAAAGGGAAGGUUGCAGGGAAUAGGACAGCUUAUACUUUUGGAUGUUUUGGUGCCGUCAAAACAGGCGAUUCCUGAUUCAAUAGCAGGACUGCAGAAGCUUGUGGAGCUGGAUGUUUCAUCUAAUGUUUUAGAGUCUCUGCCAGAUUCCAUUGGAUUGCUAGUUAAUCUAAAGAUCCUUAAUGUGUCAGGGAACAAGCUAACUUCUCUUCCCGAAUCCAUUGCCCUUUGCAGUUGUGUGCAAUAG